AUGGCAACAUAUGUAAAUAAAUUAAUUAGAUCUUUACAAAAUCACGGUAAAGAUUGUGACGGGAAUGCGGAAGAAGCUGCCCAGCGGUAUGCAGAGCAAUAUCCCGGUCAAAAUUUACCGUCGGCUAAUACGUUUCGACGAUUAGCCGCACGGUUAUACACGAGUGGCUCAUUGCAGCCUGUACGAAAAGGUGCAGGUUGCUCGUGUCUGAUCUCCACGGCACAGACGGAUGAAGUGCUCGAAGAAUUUAACCGGGAUGGGACUCUCAGCGUACGAGAUGCCAGUCAUCGAUUGGGGAUCAGCAGGACCUCGAUUCAUCGAAUUCUACAAGAAAAUAUGAUGCACCCGUACAAAUAUGUACAUGUGCAGCAUUUAAACCCAGAAGAUUACAUUCAACGGGUUCACUGUGCUAGGUGGCUUGUGGGAAAGAUCGAGCGGAAUCCAUCUUUGUGCAAAUACGUUUUGUGGACAGAUGAAGCCCUUUUUACUGAUUAA